UAUAAAUAAGGAGGAAGGAUGCUAUCUGCACACAACACACAGCAUUUCCAUAAAGAAGAAAACAAGGAACAAACAUUGAAGCAGUGACAUAUUUGCAUCUAUGGCUGCCAAUGGAAAGGAGCAAUUUAAAGAAUCUACAGCAGAGGUGCUGGGUUGUGUGGAGAAAUUGUUCUCCUUUGCCUCCACCUUCAACCCUAUGUUUGGCACCAUCACCAAGCUGGUCAAUGUAGUGAGGAAAGGCCUGGCGGGAGAUGAAGCCCAUAAGCUGUACCAAGAUUUCCAGCAGAUUAAUGCCAAGUUGGAGAGCAUCGCUGAGCAGAACAGGCAGCUGCAAAAGGCUAUCCUAAAGGGUGAGAUUCAGAAAAACUAUGGUGACAUGGAGAAGAACAUUGAGGAACAAUACAGCGCCUUCAAGGAUUUUGUAAAUGAUGUUAUGAAUGAACCGGAAAAAGUUGAGCAUCACGAACGCAAGUUUAUAGAUAUCUGUAGAAAACAACAGGGCUCCUUGAAUUUGAAAGAGUACUACCGAGCCAUUAUGGGAGAACAGAAUCCUUUCGGGAGGCCACUUUUGGAAGUUUACUUAAAGCACUGUGAAAGGAAAAAGAAGUCUAUGGAGGAUAGAUGCGCUCAUUUGGCUUACCUCUUCCACAUCGGCCUGAUUGCACUGAUGGCCUACUGUGUCAUCAUUAAGGAUGAUCAGAAUGAGUUUAAGAAAGAAUGGGGCCAAAAGGUCAGCGACAUUCAAGCCAAGAUGCAAGAAGCCCUGAGCAAGUGUGACGAGCAUGAGUGAUGCUAAAUUCAAAGAAAAUUCUCUUAAUUUCUACUAAUUGAUAAUGAAGAUAAUGAUCAACAAAAUCACUUCCGAUCUAUUCUUGAGCAGUUAGACCAGUAUUCUCUUUCUAUAUUGUUUUUCUGUCUUACAACUUAAAUUCCAAGCUAUUUUCUCUUUAAACAGAUCAGGCAACAUCUUACAUGACUGUAUAAAUCUAAAUGUGUUGCUGCAUUUAUGGUAAAGCUGUAAAUUCUAAAUCAACGUAUUUGUUUAUUAUGAUAAGUGGUAUUCAUUUUCCCAGAUUUUUAAAUA